AAUGUGUUGAUGCAUAGAGGAAAGUAAUAUAUCGGGUUGUGUUGAUGGAUGAUAAUUUGUUCAGUUUCCUCGGCACGUAUUUUGUUUUAUACUCUUCCAGCAUUCGAUACUUUAUUAUCCUAGAAAGUUCAUCCAAAAAUAAAAUUAUAAACUAAUGUUCCGCUAAAAAUUCUGUCGACAAUGAUUUUAAGAUCAUUAUUUUCUGUGUUAUCAUUAAGUUCUAAUAAUCUAACGAGUAAUAUCCACAAGCUCACUUCUCCCACAACAUGGAAAAGUAUAUUAAAAAUAUCACCAUCACCAUGUGAUAUUUAUAUAAGAACUAUUGCGGUGUCAACUACAUCAUAUAAAGGUAGAACGAGGGCAAAGGUGAAAAAUGAUUUUGAUUCAACCAAAGCAAGGAUAGUCUUAGAUCUCAACUUGAAAUCACCAGAAGAUGCUUUACCCUUUUAUAAAUUACCACUAAGAACAUUAGUUCACAUACACAACACUACAAAAGACGAUGUAAAAAAAGGAUUUUGUCAAAAUAGACUUUAUUACAUUUCAUCACGUCUUAAGGUACCACCGUCAAUGCUAAGAGAAAAGCUUGUUAAGAGGACUUUCAUUUAUAGCUUAUCAUUUGAUUGGAUUGAGAAAGCAUUAGAUGUAUUACUAGAAAUGAACGUGGCUGCUGAUCGAAUAAUGAGGGACUUGUGGGUUUUGAAGUAUCACCAUGAAACAAUUCGUGAAAGACUUGUAAGGGUAAAAAGUAUGGGUGUAGAAAAUCUAUAUCCAUGGAUGGUGAGAUGUUCUGAAGAUAUAAUGAAUAGAUUUUUAACUAUUUCUCAAGAAACAAAGGACAUUUUGGGAGACAGUGUAUCAAAACAAACUUAUCUUGCCAACCGUCUUAAUGUCUCUGUUGACACUGUUCAAGAAAUGUGUUUAAAAAUACCUGCACUGCAAACCAUUCGAGUGACAAAGGUGAAACAUUUUCUGGAUUUUCUUAUUACUGAGGGCUUUGAUGUAGAAGAAAUAGCCAAUAAGCCUAGAGUGUUAUCGGCGUCUCAGAAGACUGUAAAGCAGAGGCUUGACAGGCUCCGUGAAUUGGGGUUAAACCAAAUAAAUUUAAAUGUACUCUGUAGGAGCAAGAAAGAUUUCAAAAAAUACUGUGAAUCAAUUGAAUCGUUAUCGAAGGAAGGCCCCGCUUGUGAUGAGAACUUCAUGCAAAGCGUGGCAAUUAUUUUCUGGCGAUUCUGAAGUGACAGGAUCUGAAAGGUCAUUAACAUAUUUGGUAAGAAAUGUGUGCCUAUUAUAUACAAACCAAUUAAGCUGAU